UAGCACGACGAUAUCCUGGACGUUGAAAUUUUUGGCAGUUCAAGACCAUGCCGAUCCGUCUCCGAGGGGUGGUACAUGUGUUGAACAGUUAGCGUGAAUUCUUGUGCAGAAGGAAAUUCGCUCUCCCUCGUGGUCUAAACAAUUUCUUUCUCUGACUUCUGAAGCCUCCCCCUGUGCACAAGUCUCGAGGCUUUACCGGUGUCUCGCCAAUCCUCACUUUGCUUCUGUAUUCUAUCAAUUGUGUCGGUACUUGAACAAAACAUGGGGUCUUCACCGGGAAGCAAAGUUUACCGCAAUGCCAUCCUGGCUGGUAGUUUGGGGUUUAUCACCUUCGGUUGGGAUGCCGGUGUGUUGGGUGGUAUCCUGUUAACACCGGAGUUUCAGAACACCAUUGGUAACCCAACCAAUACCUACAAACUGUCCAUGAUCACGUCCAGCUUCCUGCUGGCAUCAUGGCUGGGAUGUAUGAUCAUCUCCGCCUUCGGUCUGCGCCUAGGUCGACGAACAUGGAUUCUGGCGUCAAAUGUCAUCGAGAUUAUCGGAACCAUUAUCUCGGCCUCUUCAUACAGUUAUGGCCAGCUUGUUGCGGGCCGAGUCAUCAUUGGUGUCGGAAAUGGCAUCAUGACCUCUAUGAUCCCCGUAUACGUUGCGGAGAUGGCGACUGAGACCCGCUACCGCGGAAAGGGUGUCAAUGCAAUGAUUGCUGCGGCUUCCCUUGGUGUUGCCCUUGCAUACUGGAUCGACUUUGGAAUGACCUUUGCCACGUCUCAGGCUGUCUGGCGCUUCCCGGUUGCAUUCCAGAUCUUCUGGUCCCUUUGUGGUAUUAGCCUGCUUUGGACUCUCCCUGAGAGUCCUCGUUACUGUUUUGCUACUGGCGAUGAUGCCAAGGGCGAUCAGAUCCUGGAGCGUCUUUACGGGGCGCCCGUCACAGAAUCUCGCGUCACAAAGGCAAAGAGGGAUAUUCUUGCUUCAUUAGCUCUCGAGAACGCCGACACUGCCAGUCUACGCGUCAAGGACUUUUUCUGGGAUACCUCAGACAUACAGGCAGCUCGUCGUAUCCGUACCGGUAUGAUUCUGGUCGGAGUUGCUUAUUUGAUGGGUGUAGAUAUGAUCUUUUAUUAUACCACAACUAUCUUCCGGGUGUACAUCGGUCUUCCUUCCAUCACAGCGUCUGCGCUCGCGGCCUUUGCGAACACGGUCCUUGCCAUCACCAAUUACCUCGGUGUCUUCUACAUGGAGAAACUGGGACGCCGAACGUGGUUGAUUGCUGGUGCUAUCGGGCAGACUAUUUUCAUGGCAGCCUUCAUCGGUCUGCUCUCUCAUCCCGGUCCGCAGACGGGCGCUGCAGCUGCGGCCAUGCUGUUCUGCUGGAUCGCUGUCUUUGGUCCUACAUGGGGUCCAGUGACGUACGUCUAUGCGUCCGAAAUCAUGCCUCUUCGCUACCGCCACAUCGGAUUCGCGCUCAGUGUUUCGUGCCAGUGGCUGAUGGCUUUUUUGACCGUCUUCGCUGGUCCGAUCGCAAUCGCCGAUCCCAGUGUCGGUUUCAAAGCCUGGAUCUGGUUCCUCGUUUUUAACUUCAUCGCUAUCCCAUUUGUCUACUUCGCCUGCCCUGAGACACGCGGCCACUCUCUCGAGGGCGUCGACCUCCUGUUCAUGAAGGAUACUAUCCAGGAUAAGGAACAGGUGCAGACCCUGCGAGCCGACGAGCCUGUCACUACUUCCAUUACAACAGAUACCCCCACUGAGAAGGCAUAAGAAGAAAAAGGCAUACCCUUUUGCGUUGCAAUUAUCCUCCGGAUGGGGACUUACCUGCCCUCUUAGCGAACAUCGUUCUGAGAUGAUAAGAACAUAGCAAUCCUGUCUUAUGUAGUUUCCUCAUUGAUGGUCUGACGGAAGGAUGGAUGAUAGAUAAGGCAAGAUGUUUCUAAUGUUUCUCUAAUCGUAUUUAGUAAUAAGAUUUUUUUUUCUACUUUUUUUUUUUUUUUAUUUU